UAUUGCAGUUCAGUACGCCGCCGCUACCCUUAUUUCCGUACUACAAGGUACAGUUAAAGUGGUAGAUGCAGUAGAUGUUCUCUGGUUCAGUUCAGUUCAGUCUUCAGUCAGUUCAGUAGUCGCUCUCUACCGCGGUGUCGUCGGCGACUCUCCUUAAUACAAAGAAUAAGGUGUGUCAAGUGCGAUACUUACCUUCUUGCGGCAUGAUGGCACGAGUGGUGUCACGCUUCGGCACGUACUGGAAGAGCCUAUUGCAAGACUACGGCGCUGCUUUGAAGGAUAUUGUGAAGGAUUCAAGGAGCCGGCCAGGCAAGGCAGCCCUUAUGCUGGCAGGCAGUGGAGCCGUAUCUGUGCUGGUGGCCACCAAUCCAGGCCCAGAUUCGUUCCUUGAUGCGCUUUGCUCCUGUGCAAAUGACCUGCUGCUGCUAAGUGAUAGAACGCGCAACCCAGAAUCUGAGGCAUACGUGCGGCGCUUGGAGGCAUGCUGCUGCCAUGGUGCUCUGCGUUCCUGGGACCUGCUGCUGGCAACAGUUGUGUGGGAAAGUGAUCAUGCUGAGGGCUGUGACUUGUAUGCAGCUCAGUGCACAUACCUGAAACCACGUCCAUUGACUGAGCGAUACCGACUGAUUGAUAUUGGCCUCAUUGGAAUGUGGCUCAAUCUUAGGCGGAAGAUGAAAGACUGUGACAUCAACCACUCACAGUGGCAAUAAGACUG